AUGGGUGCCAUUCCGGAAGCUGACCCCGAUGAGCCUGUCGAGACCAAGCCCUUCAAGUUCGUGACUGGUUACGACGCUCGUUUCCCUCAGCAGAACCAGACCAAGCACUGCUGGCAAAACUACGUUGACUACUACAAGUGUGUCAACGCCAAGGGAGAGGACUUCCGCCCAUGCCGCCAGUUCUACCACUCUUUCCGCUCCCUCUGCCCCAAGGCCUGGACUGACCGCUGGGAUGGCCAGCGUGAGGCUGGUAACUUCCCUGCUCACCUCGACAAAUAG